GGGGGCUGAUUAGGUGUCAAUUAUGGGAAUAUUAUUCUCAUAUCGAUAACUAUAUUAUUGAAAAUAGAAGAAAUAAUGUGUACACUAACCAUAAGUACGCAAAUUGCUAAUUUACUUUCGAAAAUAACGAAAUGCCAUUAAAGCAAUUUUCCACUUAUUUUGUAUUUUUACUUUUUUUUAUAAGAAAAAUUUCUUUUCAUAAACGAACGUAAUAAUCGUAACACCACAUGUACAAGGAAGAAGGUAUUGAGCACGCGUGCUAACUCGCACGAAUCAAGUCAGUCAGGCUAGAAGGUUGGAAAGGAUUGUCUACCGGAUGUAUCGUAAAUUUUCGAGAAAACGUGAUGUUAAUUUUAUAACGAUAAUAACCGCUAACAUCAAGCAUUCCAUUAAUUAAUAUUUCAUAAUGUGGAAUUUCCGUUGCAUCAAUUGCGAUCAGAAGAUAUCGCGGGCAUUAUUCACUAACAUUUCCUAAAUUUUAAUAUUUAGUCAAUAGUUUGUCUUUGAUCAAAACAUUGCCAAGACAUUGACAAAUCAAUGCCCAUUAAUUGUCGAUACUUAUCAUAAUGAUUUAUUCAUUACUGUAAUUAUCUUGCCUCAGGGAACCACAACAGGAGAUUACUCAUUUAUUAGCUGAAAAUUAGCGCAUCUGCGAAUAAUUAUAAAAAAAUAUGUCUUGUCAAGAAUUAAAUUCUUCCCGGAAGUGUCUUUAUAUUCCUUUCCAAACACCUCAUCAACGAUUUAUUCACAAAUUACCCCGAACCGUGUCGAUUUAAGGAAAAUAUUCAAUUCAACAUUUUCUGGUUUAUCUGAAAAUAAAUGUUAUUCACUACUUUCUGAUAAAGCGAGUGGUUCCCCCUAUAAUCUCACCCUUUCAAAUCCCAAAUUCAACCCUAUGGAAAAACAUGCAAAUAUUCCAAAAAAACGUUACCCCCCACAGUGAAAAAAAUAAAAAAAACAAUAUGAUAAACUGUCCACCCGGGAAUCAUUAAAUCCACCAUGAUAUAAUAAAUCACCUCACAAAAGAGUUUAAAAAAUCCACUGAACUCCCGAACAAUCGUCCCUGUUAUUUUCCUUUUGUUAAGAAAACAACAGCAAAAAUAAAAGAGAGGGAAAAAUCACUCCGAAAUAACGAGAACGUUUUCAGCUCCAGAUAUUCAAUUCUUCCGAAUGCUCCAAUAAAUAAACUGUGUAUCGAUCUGCACACGAAAGAGGACAGUAUCACAAUAGUGGACUGGUCGAAAAAUACGGGAUGAAGCCCCCCUCCCCCCUCUACCCCCCCUGCCGGACGUAAGUAAUAUAAGUAGGGAAUGUACGAAACGAAACGAAAGAAAGGAAACUCACUGCCGGCUCAGAGCCGUGGAAGCGUGGCGAGGAAGUCCUCGUAUACCCUCGCGUCUGACCGCUGCACUUCGUCGAGAUGUUCACGUAAAAAUCGAGAAAACUCACAUACUAACACAAUGUAUUGUUCGUUUACGAAUGAAACGUACGUUUUUAGAUUGAGUUGAAAUCCAAUUUCAGUCUGAUUGAACUCAACAUUGACCACUAGAAUUUUUGUGGAGAGAUAUUCGAAAAAUAAGAGAAGAAAAAUAUUACGUGACGACUAAUGCACUUGUGUUGGGAGGAAAAUAUUUAUGUUGAUAAUUUUCAAUACAAAGAAAUUAGUUUUUUCAUUGUUUCGAUACUUGAAAUGCUUCAGGUGCACCAGAUGCAUUUUUGAGUGGCAAGUACUUCAAGGAGAAUCGAAGAAAAACAGGUUGAUGGAGAAAUCAGGAAAAAUUGUUGGGUAAGGGUACGAAGAGAGUGGAAAGGAGCUGAUAUAGGUCAAUAAUUAUUGAUAAAGAUAAUUGGAACUUUGAAAGUUUUAGUAAAUCGACUUGAUAUUUGGGGUUGAGGGGAAACGGAAAUCCUUUGUCAGUAUGAAAUUUUAGUAUUGUGUUUUCUCCUGCAAUUAUUAAUUUUAUUUAUGAAACGACUUCAUUGACGCAAUCAUCGCAUUGUUGAGUCGAUAAGGUAGUUUCAUAAAUGAGAAAUGAUAAUUGAAGGAGAAAGCAGAAUUCUGAAGAUGUUUCUUUUAGCAUUUAAACACAGGAAAGGUUUAACAAAAUUAGGAGGGAUGCUGGGGUGAUAUAGAAACCUGGGGUUAAACGGAUAGCCAUUAAAAAUGGUGCCAGUCUUAAUAACAAAAUGUUUUCUAUGUAUAAAUAAAAACAAAUUGAUGAAAUUAGUAUUUGGAAAAUAGUAGAUUUCCUCACAAUACGAGAACGUAAAUAAUCAAUCAAUCGAUAAGUAAACAUUUCUUUUUUACAUUUUUUGUUAUUACUUUAUAUGUUUAAAGAUAUGCCCAGAUGCUACACAAUGUUCUCUUCUCAGAAGUGAGAAAAAAAAAACCACCAAGAAAUGAUUGAAUACAAAUGCUGAGAAGUUGCGAAACAGUUUUACAUAAAAGAACGGAAUAACCCCUUUUCAUGGCCACAAAGACUCCGCUCCCCAACAAUUGGUGGCCAGUGCAUCCGCCCAGUACCCAAUGAUCUCGCGGUUUAUGUGGUGGUAAUCUUCCCUGCAUGGUAUACACCAAAACUUUAUGCCCCGAAGCUUGCAAACUCAUUUUCGAAGUUUCCACUCACUUAUCGAUAAAUCGUUACCCCGACUUUUAUCAAGUUACGGUGGGGAAGAGUUGCUGCCGAAGGACGGAAAGUCUUUCAUGGGUAUUUUAUGGUUGGAUUAAAAUGGUGUGUCAAAGUCGAUCACCAUAGCUAUGCAAUAUCGCUGAUAUAAAUUUGUUCAAUUGCGUUGAUGGGAUUGUUAAGCUGUACCUGCACCGCAUUCGCCGAAGGACGAGGGAAAACCUCAUCCUUUGACGAGAUCAUCACUUGGCAGUGAACCCCGAUCAGUGGCCGAAUACUGGCCACUAUUGUCGGCCGACGGUGCUAAUAAUAGAAUAGAUAAUUGACAUGUGAUGACUUUGAAGAAGAAUGUCAGUGACCUUUUGAAAAUCUCGUCAAAAUUCAUGAGAUACCGGCUCAUUAAUUGCAUUUCAAUGAUUUUUUCAAUUAAGAUGAAUGGAUUCUUCUGUUAUCUUAUUUCGGAAAAAGUAAGUGCACUUUCCGUCUUAAUGAGAGUUUCAUAUUCAUUAAAAUUCACGUGUCAAUUUUAUUAUUGAAAAUUGUAAUGACUAUCGUUUCGUUUCUAAUUUCCAUCAAUCAGAGUACAUUUCGAGGUCAUAGGACCCUUUUAUGACAAUGUUACUUUGAUAAUUAUCCUGGUUACAAGUGAAUUAUCAGCGUGAUAAUUUCGCAAUAGCUCACCAAUUGUUUUUCACGAUUUUCCAAUCGUCUCAUUUAUGUGUAAUCACGACCUUCAGAAAUAUUUGCCAAAGUAUCUGGAAGAAUAUUUGUAGAUAUGUGUGUGCAUAGGUGAUUAAACUCUAAUCUCAUGAUUUUACUGAAAUGGUAUUAUUAGAUUUUAGUAGCAGAGGGGAGCAUUAUGGAUAGGACCACCAGCUGCUUGAUUAAUUGUCUUUUUUGUUCAUCUAUCUAAUAAAAGAAUUAAUUCCAGAGAACUCAUAUUUGCGUACAGUGAUAACAGGUGAAAUCAUCACAGCAAAUCCGAAUGUCGGAAUUUGACACACCUUUUGUAGACAUUGCUUCACAGAUGAAUAUGAUUAACAAGUGUUCAAAAAUUGUUGAAGCUCUCUGUGCGAUAAACGAAGUGAACUUCAAAUUAUCGUCUUGAAUAUGUAAAUGAGAGGAAAAAUACCAAGAUUUAAAAUGGGAGCAUUGGGGAGAGAAAUGGAAAGCGUUUUCCGCUCCAGACGAAUGAUUUAAGCCCUUGAAAUUAUUUAUAAAGAAGGUCUUUCAUCUCCGUUACAUCAUCGACGUUCACCGGGAUAAUUUUCAAUGCAAAAUAAAUAAAUGUAAAAUAAAUUUGUAAUUUUCGGUACCAAUUGACAUCUGGAAUUCCCUAUGCCCAUCACUUUUUAAAUCAGCCACUGGAUUUUCGAUCAAGAAAUUAUUUGAAGUUUGAAUACAACAAUGAAUUGAUAAGAUUGUGAAGCAGAAUUUUCCACUUCAUAAAAUGGUUAGAGGCAUUUUCGUAACGACCUUGAACAUGACAAAAGGUGGAAAUCGCGUUGUCUCUGUUAGCACCAUAAGACGAGGACAAAGAACUCCAUUAAUCACCCAAAUGGUUUCAUCGUGAUAACACUACCUUAUGGGUAGCUGAUAAGAGAAUUGAAUGACAUCUAUAAAAAUCGGUGGAGUCAGUUCAGUAACGUUAGAAGUUGAUUGGAAUCCUGACAGGAAUCGUCACCACUGGUUUAAAAUGGCAAACAGUUAUUGUCUCGUUGUACUGGCAGUACUUGCCAUGAUUAGCAUGGCAUGCUGUGACGUUGUUACAGAUGUGCCUUGUUCCAGAAAACCAUUCCAGUCCUUCAGACUGGAUUGCAUCGCCGAAGACGAAAUUGUUCCAAAUGGGGAACAACAAGAGAUGGAUGAAUGUAUAUUCAGAGCUGCUGGAGUGAUUCAAGAGGAUGGCGAGAUAGACAUGCCUGCAUUCCAGAACAUUGUAGAGCUCGACGUCAUCGACAAUAAAUACAAAUAUCUCACAGACUACAUCGUCCAGCAACUUUUGUGCCUAAAAAAACACAUCGACGGUAAUAGUCUGAAAGACUCUGUCAGAGCCUGGAUUUAUUGUGAGGACAAGCAGCAGACCAAGUCUUUGUUGGAGAGGGCAGUAUGCGAAGACGAUGAAAUUGCCAGCCAUUAGGAAUGAUGAUAAGGGCGAGUUUUACACCGAGUAUCACUGGAGACAGAACGGUAUGCCAACGAUGAACAUGGCCUUUGACCGAAUUUUUGGCGAAAUAUUUCGGAAUCUGAGAGACAUAAAGGAAUUUUCGCAACAACUAUUUGUGUAGAAUAAAUUGAGGACAACGAAUAAGUUUAUAAUAAACAUUAUACGAAUAAUAUUAAUUUUCGAAAGCAUCUAAUUGGUAAAUGAAUUAUUUAAUCUCUUUUGAUUUGCAAUAAAUCUGUAAAACUUUGAUGUAUGAAACUCUAAUGACAAUAAAUAGAGAUAUUCAUUAUUUUUGGGUUC